AAUUUCGAGGCAGUGGAGAGGCUCCUUCAUUGCUUACUCGGCAAGCGGCAGUCGGCGCUAUCAAAUUACAGUCGCCGGCGGCACUGAGCGAGCAGCACGUUUCACCGUCUUCGAGAAUUUGUAACCUCUAGAAUUACAUAUUUGGCGAAGCGCAAUUCACUCGAAUUCGUCUUUCUUUUGGGCUUGUAUGUGAAGAAGAUUUGUAAUGCAGAACUGAAGGAGGUGUGAAGUGUCAGGUGUCGCUCAGCUUACCGUGACAAUAAUGCAGACCUGGAGAGCUGCUACUAUUAGAUUCUAUAUUGCAUAGGAAUUCAUCUUUUGUGUGGAUAAUAAUGGAUGACAAUAUGGGAGACGUCUUUUGGCUGGAGGAGCCCAGUGGACAACCACCUUGGAUGAAAAGCAAGAGAAGGGCUAAGAAAAGAAAAUUAGAGUUUGUUGGGUGGGGAUCUAGGCCAUUAAUUGAAUUUCUUGAAGCAAUAGGUCAGGAUACAACAAAGAAGCACUCUCAACAUGAGGUGGCAUCAUUGAUAUCCAAGUAUAUAAAGGACAACAAUCUUGCAAGUGCAGCAAAGAAGAAGAAAGUCCUGUGUGAUGAAAGACUUUAUUAUAUUUUUGGGAAGAAGUCCAUUCCUCGAAUAAAAAUACCUCAGAUGCUGAAAGAGCACUUUGCUGAAACCCAUAGUGAUUCUGAUAGUGACAUGCUAGAUACUUCGGAAGAAGAAGAUCAUAAGAACAAUGCCACUUCCCAGAAGCAGUUUCUGAGACCUCCUCGAAACUGCUUUGCUGCUAUUGUUCCUGAAAAUAUUAAAUUGAUUUAUCUAAAGAGAAGUUUAAUUCAGGAGCUACUCAAGGUUCCUGAAAGCAUUGAGUAUAAAAUAACGGGAAGCUUUAUUAGGAUGAAAUCUGAUCCCAAUGACAUAUAUCAAAAGAACCGCUUCCAGCUUCAACUAGUCACAGGUGUAGUGAAGGUUCCUGGAACAGGCGAUACUGGUGUUGAAAUCCACCUAAGAGUUUCAAACUUCUUUAAGGAAAUUCCUAUUUCCCAACUUUCUGAUGAUAACUUUUCUGAGGAGGAACUUGAGGAUUUGAAGGAUAGAGUAAAAGCUGGCUUGCUUAAAAAGAUGACUGUUAGCGAACUGGAAUUGAAGGCCAAAAUGUUGCAUGUUGAUAUAACAAAUCAUAGGAUUGAGAAAGAACUUGCUGUGUUACCAAAUCUCAUUGAUCGUGCCAAUGAAAAAGGAUGGAGAAAAGAAUUCUUUGAGCAUCGAGAAAGAAAGAAGUUGCUAGAGACACCAUCAGAGAGAGAAAAACUAUUGAAGAAGAUUCCAGAAGUGAUUGCUGAAGAAGAACCUAAGAAGGCACUAGUUGUCCCUUCUGAGACACCAGAGAGGGAAUCCCCUCCAGCAUCAACUGUCGGGGGUAGUUCAAAUCUCCCCAGUGCAGAUGCUCUCAAAGUUCGAAUUGGGGAUCCCAACAGCUCUGUGCCUGAUAACAAUUCUAAUGAUGCUCUUAAAGUUCGAACUGGCGAAGCCAAUAGCUCUGUGCUCAUCAACAAUACCAACACCAAUACCAACGAUGCUCUCGGGGUCCCAAUUGGAGAUGUCAACAGCUCUAUGCUCGUAAACAAUGUGAACGGAUAUAUGAUAUCCUUCGAGUCUCCCAAGCAGAUGAACCAAAUGGUGAUUCCCAGAGAAACAAUGCCAGAAAUCGCGGGUAACGUCGUCAACGGCACGAUCAGGGUGAUGCAGUCACCAAUUGAUCGAAAUUUCAUGCAACAAGAAACAAUGCUCGCCGUCGAUAAAACCACCCCUCAAGAGAAGCCUCCGACGACGAAACCGGCAGCUCAACCGGAAACUAUAGAGUUGAUAGAAUCAAGCGACGAGUGCAGCCAAGAUGAUGCUAUAUGGCACUACUUUGAUCCCCAAGGGGACACUCAAGGACCAUUCACACUUACCUCGUUGAAAAGGUGGAACGAUUCAAAUUACUUCCAUCCAGGUUUUAUGAUCUGGCGACGUGGAGAUACCUCCGAUAAUGCAGUUCUGUUGGCUGAUGUUCUUCGCCGGCGUAAUGAUUCGUAGAUAGAUCUAAAAACACCUAACAUGAACACUGAAACCAUGUGUGCUUUGAUGCUCAAUUAGAGGAAGAGACGGAAUUCGUAGUCAAUAAGCUCCUACUAUAUAUGCUCCUAUGAUUUAGACCUAAUUGCAAUUUGCAUGCUUAAGAGGAAGCUAGAAGUCUUGCAGAAAUCUAAAAUGUGAGCAAAUUUGGAGAAAAAGUGAAGUUCCUCUGAAGAACUAGCAUAACAGUUCUAAUCAAUCACAGGUUUGGAGAAGAAUUUGGAGGUCGGUUGAUUCAAUCGCCUGUGAGCCUAUCUAAACUUUGUUAAUGUUGAUAAAUAUUAUUCAACACAAGCAGAGAACAUCGCCAUACAUAUUGAAACCAAACUCUAGCAGAUGGUGGAGAACUGGAGAUGGAAGAGAAUGCAUGUAUAUCUCACAUAUUCUUUUUUAUUUUUGUGAUAUAUGAAGGUUUUCGUGACGAAAUAUGGAAGAAUUUC